AGUAGAUGCCGCGUACGAUGUCAAGGCCGCAGUCAUGAAUGAGGCCUGGAUCGAUCUGGGCAUGGGGAAAUACAAAUGGCUGGUCUUUCUGACUACUGGCCCAGGAUGGUUCGUUGAUAAUAUGCGUGCAAACAUCACCUUGUCCAUCAUCUGCCACUUUUGGAUGCAACCCAUAACGAUCAUCAGCCCACCCGUUCAGAGGGAAUUUGCAGUCAACCAGAUUGCUUUCUGA